AUGGGACAUCGACACUGGUUAGAAAACAACAACCCAUUUAGAAAUGAUGAAAAGUCUUUUGAUGGCACAAAAGAGAAAAGAAUGGCUCCAACACCAUUAAGUGGUUCUAUAAUAUUGGAUACGUUAGCAGGCUACCAACUUAAAUUUGGAAAGACAGCUGUUAAUCCUUCAUUGCCAUACAAUUGGAAGAAAAAGAGUAUAUUUUUUUAUUUGCCAUAUUGGGAGGAUAAUUUAUUACGACACAAUCUUGAUGUGAUGCAUAUUGAAAAUAAUGUAUGUGAAAGUUUGAUUGGGACAUUAUUGAGUUUAGAUGCAAAAAAUAAAGACAAUUUGAAUGCACAUCUUGAUUCAAAAUAUAUGGGUAUUAGAUCUGAACUUCAUCCAAAGGAGAGCGAGUCAAAGAAAACUGUCAUUCCGCCUGCAUGUUUUACAUUAAGCAAAAAAGAAAAAAUUGUCUUCUGUCGAUUUCUAAAGACAAUUAAGGUUCCAAAUGGAUAUGCUGCCAACAUUUCUAGAUGUGUUGAUGUAAGCAAAAGAAAAAUUUAUGGGCUCAAAAGUCACGAUUUUCAUAUCAUUAUGACUCAAUUACUACCACUAGCACUAAGGGGAAUAUCGAGUGUGCAUGUUCGUCUACAUCUAACUCCUUUAAGCAAUUAUUUUCGCAUGAUGUAUUCAAAAGUUGCUCUACCACAAGAUUUCAUGCAACUUGAACAACAAAUACCUAUCAUUCUUUGUAAUCUUGAAAAAUUAUUUCCCCCUACAUUUUUUGAUAUAAUGGUUCAUUUGGUGAUACACUUAGCAUAUGAGGCAAGAAUUGAUGAACCAUCAAUUUACCGUUGCAUGUACCCUAUUGAAAGGUACAUGUCUAAGUUAAAGUCAUAUGUUCGAAACAAAAGCAAACCGGAAGGUUGUAUUGCUAAAGGAUAUUUAGCUGAUGAAUGUUUAACAUUUUCCUCAAGAUAUAUGGAAGGUGUGGAGACAAAAUUUAAUUGCAAGCCUAGAAAUUACAGUAAUGUGGAACAAAAUGGAGAAACACUGCCUAUUUUCCAACUGACGGGUCGACAUUUGGGCAAAAUAGAUACUAAGAAUUUAGAUGAGGAUACUAAAGUAGAAGAAUUAUAUGAUAAUGGGGAUGAUCGAGUUUCUGAAGAUUUACGUUGUUUGGUAAAAGGUCCAAACAAUAUUUUCAUUCGAUUUAAAAGAUAUCUAAUAAACGGUUUCAGGUUUCACACAAAAGAAAUCGAAAAGAACUUAAGAACUCAAAAUAGUGGAGUUAUUAUGACUGCCAAGACUCAAAGUUUCGCAAGUAGUAGGGACCCAAAUCCUGAUUUCGGAGAGGUUACUUUUUAUAGAAUAUUAACUGAUAUUAUAGAACUAGAUUAUUCUUUGGGAAAUCGUGUUGUGUUAUUUAAGUGUGAUUGGAUUUCAAGAAGUGGCAUUAAAAAAGAGAAGGAUUGCACAAGAGUCAACUUUUCAAAAUUGAUGCGUGAAGAUGAGCCAUUUAUAUUAGCUUCUCAAUCAGAACAGGUAAUGUAUGUGGAAGACCUCAAACAUAAUGGAUGGCAUGUUGCUUUAAAAAUCAAUCCUAGAGAUUAUUAUAAUAUGAGUGUGCAAUCACACGAUGAGAAUGUGGAGUCUUAUUUGCAAACUGAAGUUUGUAGCGCAACUAUUGAUGUUGGGGAUGGAGAGAGUAGUUUGAUUAGGGAAGAUAUGCAAGACAUAACUAUUGAUACAUCAGUGUCGUUUGAUACAAAUGAGAUGGAUGAAGAAACUUAG